AUGUUGGCAUCCUUAUUAUUUGCUACUCUCGUUCAACUUGCAGAGGCAUCCCCUAUUGGCCUAAAUAUAUUUGAAAAAAGGGGAUUGGUUGCAGAAUCCAAAUGUCCUGAUUGGAACUUUGAUUGGAAAUGUACACAGGGUAAUUAUCCAUGUGCAACGUCCUCUGUUUCCAAUGUCAUUGCCUUAGGUAACAAUGAAUACCAAGUGACUUUCAACUUUGAUGCUGAUGGUUGUGCAGAUCUUUCAAACUUGGGAGAAUUGAAAGUGAUUUCCCUUGAUUCACCAAAUGGGAAUGAGGAUCUUUUGUUUUCAAGAAACUCAAACAAGAUUACGAAUAUCGAUCCAUGUCACUGGUCGGCUACAUUCGUACUUUAUGGAGAAGAUUAUGGUGACUACAUCUGUACACCAUCAUUUCAGGUUCAGUAUGAUUGGUUUUCUGGCAAUGGCGUCUCAACUAGUGAAGAAUCCUCCUGGAAAUACACAGGUUCGUAUGAUUAUCUCGUUGGUUGUAAUGGUGAUAAUCAAGGACAUUCAAAUGCUGACUUCCCUCAGUACUGUUGGUCACCUUCCUCGGAUACAUCAAGUUCUUCUAGUUCCUCUACAACCACCACAACUAGUUCUACUUCAUCAACAACAUCAACUUCAUCCACUACAUCAACUAGUUUAAGGACUACUUCGACUUCAUCUACCUCUUCAACUACCACUCCAUCUACUUCAACUACUUUGAGCUCAUCUACCGCAUCAACUAGUACUUCAUCUACUUCAACUUCCUUGAGCUCAUCUACUUCAUCAAGUACUACUUCAUCUACUUCAACUUCCUCGAGCUCAUCCACCUCAUCAACUACUACUCCAUCAACUUCAACUACUUUGACUUCAUCUACCUCAUCAACUUCAUCCACUACAUCAACUACUUCGAGCUCAUCUACCUUAUCAAGUACCACUCCAUCCGCUUCGUCUACUUCAUCGACUACUAGUUCAACUACCACUCCAUCUUCUUCAAGUACUUCGAGCUCAUUAUCUACAUCCACUACAUUAACUAGUUUAAGUACUACUUCGACUUCGUCUACCUCUUCAACUACUACUUCAUCUGCGUUAACUUCCUCGAGCUCAUCUACCUCAUCAACUACUACUUCAACUACUUCAACUACUUCGAGCUCGCCCACCUCAUCAAGUACUACUCCAUCUACCUCAUCAACAAAGACUACUUUGAGUACAACUUCUACUUCGAGUUCAUCAUUUUCUUCGACUACUAGUUCGACCACUUCUCCAUCCACUUUGUCCACUUCAUCGACUACUAGUUCGACCACUUCUCCAUCCACUUUGUCCACUUCAUCGACUACUAGUUCAACUACCAUUCCAUCUACCUCAUCAGCAAAAAAUACUUCCAGUACAGACUCAUCCACUUCGUCGACUACUAGUUUGAGUACUACUUUAUCCACUGCAUCUACGAAAUCUAGUGUGAGUACCACUUCCACAUCAUCGAUCUCAUCGACUACUAUUUCGACUACUACAUCAUCCACUUCAUUCACCACUAGUUUGAGUAGUACUUCCACUUUGAGCUUUAUUACAAGUUCAAGCACCAGUCCAUCAAUUUUAUCUACAUCAUCAUCAUUUAAUUCCACCAUCCCAACUACUAGUUGCGAUACAUUAUCCAGCUCCUCAAAGUUGUCAUCGGGCACCUCAGUUACUUCAGUUCCAACAACUUCUAGCACAUUGUCUACAACAAAUUCAGGUAACUUCUCAUUAGGUUCCUCCACCAUAUUGAGCACUUCUAAGUUGCAUUCAUCGGCUUCUUCGGCAUCAUUGAGAUUUUCCUCAAGUGAAUCAACGAUUUCUUCUGGUUAUCUCACAUCGACUACGCAAGCAACAUUUUUGACUACGGUCACUGUUCCUUGCUCAACUUUGAUCACGACAACAACGUGUACCUUGAACAUAUGUACUAGCUACGAGACGGCAGUUUCUACCAAUAAGGUUGUCACCUUGGAAAGAUCAUCUGUUUUGCCUUCGAAAUCUGUUAGUAAGUUAUCAUCAUCGUCCAUCACUGAUGUUGUUCCAGCUACAUCUUCGUCGGCAUCUUCGAACUCAGUCUCAAAAGAUCGCGAGACAACUUUCUUUACUACAGUGACUAUUCCUUGCUCGACAUUGAUCACAACUACUACAUGCACAUUGAACAAAUGUACCGCUUACCCAACAACUGUUUCAACAAAUUCUGUUGUCAUUUCAGAAACAACUUCUAAGUUGCCUUUAGAAACUGCUUCUGAGCCAGCCACCUUGGUCACAAGCACAAAAUUACCUGAAGAACCUAAAUCCCAGACACCUUCUUCAGCUUCCACUACUGCAACUGUUUGCUCUGGAGAAACAUGUUCAACUGCUCCAAUUUCUCGUACUUCAAAGACUUCUGCAACAGAGUCAACGAUAACGAGCAGUUCUUCCUCCGUGCACUCCACAGUUCAGUCAACUGCAAGCUCAACUUCGAUUUCUGUGGCAAUCCACAGUGCCAUUCCAUCUGCUUCUGUGUUUGUUGGAGGUGCCGGAACGUACACUCCAAACGUUUUUGUCGCAUUUGUCAUCAGUGCUAUAGCAUUUGUUAUUUAA